AUGAAGAUCUGCUCAAAUGGACAGUGGAGGGCUGAAGUGAGUUCGCCGAUCGGGAACAUUGUCAUCGAGUUUUGCUCCGUUGGUUUGCACUCUGUGAAUCAAUCGCCCGAAAUCAGCGACAGCAACUUUAAACCGGCACCAAGUCAAGAAGUGACACUUUUGAGUGGAAAUAACAAAUACGGCCACUUGAAAGAAUGCAUAAACUGGCUGGACACUUACUUCCACAACCCUACCAAGAUUUCUGAAGUCAAAUUUCCGUCCUUCUGCACCAUCAACAGUGCCACAGAUGCCCCUUUCUUUGACAAAGUCUACACUGCCCUGUUGAAAGUUCCUUUUGGAAAUACUGUGUCGUACAAGGAAUUGGCGACACUUGCAGGAAGCCCAAACGCCACCCGAGCUGCCGGAACAGCGAUGGCGAAAAAUCCAUUUCAAUUGAUAGUUCCAUGCCAUCGAGUUCUGCCUUCGACCUCAGCUUCUGGCAAGCAACAGGUGGGGAACUAUUCAAGUGGCAAGAAAGUGAGUGUCAAAGAGUGGCUCUUGGUGCAUGAGGGGCACAAUCUUUCAAACCGUGUUCUUCUCAAGAGUGAAAAAUAG